AUGAUUGAAAGCAUUGCACUCAGAAAGUUUGCAGUUUCGUAUUUCUUGGUGCACCCCACCAAGCCGCUCUGCAAUUUGGUGGACAGAAUAACCACCACGAUUAAAAAUAGGUUCUUCAAGGGGGAGAUAGUUUUCCUGAAGAACAAAGAGCUCACAGGCCGCAUAGUCGAGACAACAAAGACGGGAUACAUCGUGGAAAUAUACGACGACAACCAGACGAGCCCGCAAAAGGAGGAGGUGAAGGCUGAAGAUCUGCUCAGAAAAGACAGCGCAACAAAGAAUGAAGUGCUAGGGUUUAUCCUCAGUGUGACAAGAGAUACGCCUCUUGGAAGAAUAGUGGCGAACAACAUAAUACAGGAGCUCGGGAUAUUCAAAGGACAGAAACCGCUGAAGCCCGUAGAGCCGCACAGCAGCAGCUACAAGACAGAAGAUGCAUUUGUCAUCUCAGAUAAAAAGCCGUACUGGCAGUCCGAUGCGCAGCUGGAAGAAAAAGAAAAAGAGAUGGAGGAGGUGGAAGAGAGAAGAGUGCAGGGGAAGAUAAGCGAAAUAAUAAAAGUGCCAUCGGAGGCAUGGUCAUCGCCCAUUGAGGACCACGAAGUGAACACGAAGAUUCUUUCCACCUUCGCAGAAAUAUCGGUGUUCAGCGACUUUCUGAAAAUGAAAGAGUUUUCGCUCUCUGAGUUUGUCGACGCGCUUUUCUCCCCGGAGAAAAACGGGCACAUUUUAGUGGAAAUAUUUUCAAAGCUGCUGAAGUCCAUCUCGCACGAAAGAAGAAAGUCGGGAAAAGAAGGACUGAAGGACAUGGUGCAGGUUGCAUCGGAUAUAACGUACGAAAGCGAAGGCAUGCAGAAGAUGGUGGAAAUGGUGGAGAUGCAGGAGCAGAAGGAGAACACGGGCUUCAACAGAAUCCAGUGGUUUGCAGGGGACGCAUCGUCUAAGAACUGGCAGGUGUACAUGAAAAGUUUUAUCUACGAUGUUAUCACAGUGUACGAUAUAAAAAUAAAAACAAACGAGUUUACGCCAGGAGACGCAAAAGAGCAGAGUGUGGAGUCUGUGGCCAUGGACAGACUGCUGAUGAUUUCGUUUUUGAUGGAAACCAUCGUCCUGGGUGUGCGGUUUAGAGGAUACUACGAUGCUGCAGUGGAGGAGUACAGGGAAAAAGAGAGAGAGCGGCACUUGCUGCAGCAGGAGCUAAAGAGACUGAAAGGCGAGAUACUGGUGAGCGAGGGCACACAGGAGACAAAAGAGCUGAUAGAUGCCGCAGAGAAAUCGAUUAAAAAAUUCAACAAAGAGUGCAAGCCUGAGCUCAUCCGCAGCAGAAUAGCAAAGUAUUCUGAUCUUUCAUUUUUAUUUGUGGGAGGCGAGCUGUUCUACGAGUACAAAGGCGCGUUCAGAAGGAUAGACAGCUCUGAGUGGCCCACACUCAUUUCUGCCUUCAAUAUAGAAAAAAAGAAAGACGGCGUGUUUAUAGAGAGUGUCAAGAAGUACUUAAGAAUGCUGUGA